ACUGGGAGGAGACUGGACCUUCAGCCCCACAUAUGAGUCAAGACUCUACUGUGGUCCGAGCUCAAAGAGUCGAGACUUUCAAACGCUAUCAUGGCUUCCAGGUUCUUUGGACUCCUGCUGCUCUCAGUGCUUCUCAGUGGACUGGAUGCAUCAAGACCAGCUAUAAACCAAGAACUAUCCAAUCUCUUCAACGAGCUGUGGAGGUUGGAUGUGAAUCGCAUGGCGCCCGGGGUCGACUACAAUGUCUCCGUCCAGGGCAGAGCAGGUUAUGUGAGCCAGGGCAGCCAUGUUGUACGCGAUCACGCCUCACAGCCUCUGUUCUCCAACGUUAACGAGAACAAACUGAACAACAUCACCACUUUCUCCCGCUUCAUGAGGCUCUUGGACAACUAUGAGCGGUCUACAGGCGUGACGGAACGAGUCACUACAGAGGAGCUGACGGAGAUUAAUCUCUUCCUGGAUGCUGUCUUAGAGACACAAGUCAUGAAGUGUAACAGGAUGUUGUUUGUGGCGUUGUGA